AUGGAGGACCCACAGGAAUGGGGUAGACAGCAUGUUGCGCACCAGUAGACAGCCCAUCGAAAGGAAAGCAGACAAACGUCCCACCGGCACAUUUCCCCCUUUGCCUGUUGACAGUGCACUACGCCAUUUGGCAGGACCCGACAGCCUACAACCCCUCUGACCGCUCUUUCCAUGCCAAACCGUUUCAUAGGUACGCACCCAUCUGACCAGAAUGAGGUCAAAAAGGGCUGCGUAUUGAUAGCCGAGACGGACUCGAAUUGACCGCUGAUGCAUUGCCCUGAUGGAUUUCUAUGCUCAUUCAGCAUUCUGCGGCCUGUUACUGUGCCGGUGACCAAUGGCACGGCCACGGCGUCUGCACAGCUCUUCCAGGCCGGGCGCACAAUGGCACGCGUCGCCAAGCCUGAGACACUGAGAGGAGACAGCAUUCAAUAUGCAGACUGGUAUCCAGGUCAGGUUUAGUCCAGGAGACACAGACAUCAACUCUCUCAGAGUCUCGGUCUUGUGUUGUGUGCAGCAACACAAAGGGCGACCCAGAUAGUGGUAUGCGGAAAAAAUGUCAUGUCUGACGUGUUCCUGGCUGUCCUCCUGCCGUGUCCACAGAUAAAUACCAUGUCUGUGCUCCCCGCUGACGGCUCGAACUUCACCGUGUACGUGAUGUUCACGGACGCGUAUGGCAAUCUGGUUGAUCGAGGGCCAGACGGCUGCACCGACUCGUGCGAAGCCGAUAUUACGGUUUCGAACCCUUCUUGUGUCCAAUACUACAACGCGGAGGGGCUUCUCGAUGGAAAGCUGAAUCUUGAGAUGGGCAUCGGCAUUGCUACCGUGCAGGGGAUGAAUACAUGUGCCAACAGCUUUACGGCGACCUUCUCUGUCCUUGGACCCGACGGUCUCGCUGCGGAUCGCCAGCUCACCUUUGCAGGUGAGAGACAUGAUGGCUAUCGCAGCUGCUGUGUUUGUCUGCAUUCUCAUUUGUCCUCCGCCAGAAACAGCCAUGCAAAUACACAUUGACACCGACGUCUUCUUCGCCGGAAGUGUGAAUGAGGGCAGAAUCAAGGCCAAAAGCUACGGGGCAGACGGCCUUACGGAUGAGUCUCCCAGUUCCGCUUUCUGUGAGACUCAUCCACAAACACGCCCACGGAGAGGCACAAAGUUCUGUGUGUGUAUGUGUGCAUCAGCGGGGACUUUGCGGCUGCAUGUGACUGGAGGGGCGAGCUUCAGUGAAAGUGACGAAGCUCUCAAUUGGAUGGACAUCUCGUUGGAGAGCGCCGUGGGGAGCUUCAUCAUUCACGCCCACCGACCCGGUGUGUGCCAGCUGACGAUCGAGGACAUCGGCUUAUCCAAUUACUACAUGAUUCCGAAAGCCUUCCAAGUCAUCCCCGGUUCUCCGAUCCGGUUAAAAGUAAACGCGCCAUCUAGUGCUGCAGUCGGAGAGGUGGUCAACAUAGCGCUCUGUCUUCGCGAUUCGAAGAACAACGAUUAUCACGGUGCGACGGGCAAGGUCAUCAUGAAUCUCAAGUAUGCAAGCGGCGCCCGAUUUGUGGGAGGCGUGGACGCAUCAAACUCGACAACGCUUUCCUUGGGUUGCGGCUCGUUCUCGAUUCAAGGCGAUGUCGACGGACAGAGAGUCACUGUGGAGCCUAAGUUUGGCUUGACAAACCUGGCCAGCACGGGCUACAAUCUCGAUGAUAUCACGAUCGACACCGCAGACAUAUGGAUCGGCACGCCGCCUUUGUAUACGCAGGCCGCCUUGGUCGUAUCGCCCGCUUCGAUCACUGUUGGAUCCAGUGCUGUGAUCGGGGUCGAGCUGAGGGACGGCUCGGACACGCUGGUGACAACGCAUACUCCCGCCACCAUCCAAGUGACCACUCAUACAGCGCUGCCGAGCCUGUCGUUUGAGGUGGAUGUAACGAAUGGGGUAGGGAGUUUUUCGUUCAUCUCGUUCCAUGCCGGAAGCUGCAAUGUGUCUCUCGAGGACAGCCAUCACAUAUACGUGCCCCCCACAUCACUCGUUCUGGAGUGGCUGCCAGGUAAGACUACUCAUACGAAGAGAAAGUACGAAAAUGUGACUGUUGUCUUGACUUCCUCUGCAGACGUGGCCGCGCAGCUUAUCUUUGAAAUCGACGGGACAUCGAUUGAUGCAGGAGAAUCAGUGUCUGUCAAUGUCUCAAUGCUGGACACUCACGGCAACCCAACUACCUUCUCGGGGGACGUGAGUAUUACCUUCACACAGCCCGGCGAGCCGACAGAUCAUGAAAUCCUGACCUUCGCCAGCGAGCACUCGAAGACAUUCUCUCACGUGCUGAUGCAUAAAGGAGUUGUGACUAUUUCCCCUUCAAGCCCGGGUCUGUCCUGCAGUCCGCAUUCUCUUGAUGUCUCUGUCGUGUUCUACCCCGAACCACCUUUCGGUGUUGGAGGCUGCCGAUGCGGCUCUUGUUCAAACAACCAGGGAGUAUACAAUUCGCAAUACCUGGACAAUGACCUUUCGGAUAUGGGGAGGAGGACAGAGUGCUCGGCCCUGUGUGACGCAGACGAUCGAUGCGUCGGCUUUGAGGUGGAGAAGCGCCCGCAAGACGCAAGAUGCGAAGUUCAUCGCGAACCACUGACUCACAUUUACCCAGGUUAUACUAGUCUUGAAUGCUUCCCACGUCCAGGUAAGGGCUGUCAAACAGUAAGCUCCGAGCUACUCAUUCAUCUUAACUUUGACGUUUCCGAGUAGGGAUUCCGACGUGGAUUCAUCUAUCUGCCAAUUCGACGUCGAUGCUUGUCGGUGAAAGCCUGGCAGUCAAUGCAUCGAUCACAGACAUCUACAACAGCUCGACGGGCUUCAGCGGGCAGCUCAGUGUGACACUGACUGUUGACGGGCAGGUCGUUGACUCGGCUGACAUUGUCUUUGACAAUCAAAGCCAUGCUCUGAGCACUCACACAGUCACAACACCUGGUGCGGUGAGCAUCAGUGCGACCGGGCCAUCCCUUGCUUCGCACGACAUUCAAGUCGAUUGCUUUCGAGGUACCUAGGAAUUCCAUGACCAACCUUUUACGUUCCUACUCUGUGUUAAUGUGCAGAGACAAGGGUGCAGUUGCUGCUAAAUGGGCCGUCUUUGACGAGGUAGGACUUACAAGCAGGCUCUGUCAAAGACGGCCCACAAGUUCCUUCGCUAUGUCAGGGAACCGAACGCUACGGUAACUGCCUCGUUUUCGGUGGCUUUGACCGCCCCAAUCGAGGCAAACGACAUCGCGAUCUCGCACGGGACUGUUAUGCUGAUAGAGGACCUCAGCAAAAACCUCACGAUUUUCUCUAUCCACAUCGUCCUGGACCCCAACACGGUGUGCGAGUUGUACCUUCCGGCCGGUGUUGCGAGUGGGUCCUUGUCUGGCAGACCCAACUUAGCUUCAAGCGUAGUCAACAUCACAAAUGGUGAGCUGGAGACUUCAGCGGAGACACGCGUGCACCACCAUGUCAAUUUUGUCUCCUGUGUCAGACAUGGUGCCGCCCACGCCUAUCAUCUCGCUCGACACCACAAGCCCAACCAUUCGGUCGACGGACCGGUCCUCGACCUCAGCCAAUGUGACCUUUCUGCUAUCAUUCGACGAGUCGGUGGUUGUCGACUCAGCCAUCUUGGCAACACAGCUGACCCUUCAAGGCUUCGUCGACCUAUCUUUGGAGGAGGCCACACCCGGGCGAGAGUAUCGCCUGGAGGUUCGGUUUGCCAGCUCGGGUAGCUUCAGCAUCCAGAUCCUGACCGAGGCGGCAAUCGACCUGGCGGGAAACGAGAACUUGGCGUCGAACAUGAUCAACGUCACAUACCGUAUCGAGCCUGCAUGUCAUGAAAACAUGAGAAGACGGAAUCAUUUGUGUUGCUUCGUUCUUAGGUCCGGGGUGCUUUGAGGACUGCAGCCAUGGCUAUGAUUGUGUGCUGCUGCCUACAGAACCACCUACAUACAACUGUGUCAGUGCUAUGCACACAGCGGCGGAAAAGUGAUGGCACUGCAGCUUGCCUUGUGCGUUUUGUCGACAGACUACUGUAUGCGGCAACGGCAUCAGGACCACAGAAGAUGAGCAGUGUGACGACGGUGAGAGGAGAAAGAGCGUGUGUCAUAUUCAAGCAAGCAAUUUGUCUGUGUGCAGGCAAUGAGGAGACGGGGGAUGGAUGCGACGCCGAGUGUUUAGUAGAGGGUGGCUGGGUCUGCGAAGAAAACGAUGAAGGGCGAUCCAUCUGCAAAGAGGGCUCGCUUUGUGACCUUCUGGCCUACCUCGAGGAGCACUUUACGUUGGACACUUGGCACCUCUGCAAGCAGGGUGUCCAUGUCCCGCCAAGCGAGCUGCUCGUCAAGUGCGAUACCCCAGUGUCAUGCGAAAGCGACACGGUCGAGCUUGCUGGCGAACCAGUCAUCGGUUGUCAGCUUGGUACACACACCUCACAUCAAAUGGAUCGGUUUCGGUUUCUCUGGUUCACGAUGAGUAUGUUUCCUUGCAGGGCUGCAGCCUUCUGUUUGCCGAGAGCUUGACCCACCCAAACUACUGUCGGCUGAGUAUCAGGACGGCUUCUCAUCCAUCCUGGCAGUCUUCGCAGCAGAUGUGGCUGUCUUUGACCAACAGGCAAUGUCUCUCGCCGCCCUUGAAGAGACGACGCUGGACCUGUGCGACGUCUUCACACCAGAGAGUCGAAUGCUGUUUGGCACCUCGCCAACUUGCACUGCCGACUCCGCGCGCGUCAUCAGGAUCUCCCUCGGCCACAACCCAAGUGCCGGCCUCGCAGACCCCAUUGAGAUCCGGAACAAGACGCUGUUCCGAGCUGAGGCCUUGCAGCUGUCUCCAUCAACAAUCCCGGAUGGCUGGCUCCUGGCGGGUGCCAGCGAGCCGAUCGGGGUCAGCAAUGACAUUGGAGAGAUUCCCAGUCCGAGUGCCGUGGUGGUCCAGCAGCCUGUCCAUUCCAUCUGCCAUCCUCUUGUGGUCAACGCGAAUCUGGAGGGAGGCCUCGGAAGGCCUAUUGAAGCGACGUGGAGCUGCAUCAGUCCUGAGCAGGCAUGCAACUAUCUCAACCGGCACAUCAAUGGCACCACAGAAGGUCAGACUACUCACGAAAAGCCACGAGAUCUUUUGCAUCUUCUGUAUUGACUCUUUUAUGUGACUGCCGACCAGGCCCCGUUAAAGGACCACUCAAGGUCACGUCCUCAACAUUGACGCUCAUCGUCGAGCCUGCGUAUAUUUGGGAGGCCUUGGACACGGAUCAGACCCAUUCGAGUGACGUACAGGAAGCGACCUUUACAUUCAAGCUAAGGCUUCGGAAUUUCCUACUAAGCGAAGUUUCAAGGACAAUCGAGAGCAGGCUUAAUCUGGCAACAAACAUCUCUUUCCCAGUUGUGUCCCCUGCACCCGAAACGCCAGCUGUCAUGACUCAGAGGGUAUCUCGGAAAGACACAGCAUGACUCCUGCGUGCGGAGAAUGCUGGAGUUCUUUUCUUUAUGCAGGUUGAUGCUCCUCUCCGGCUGAGGAUCGUUGUGCAAGAGGCAGAGGUGGAUGCAAGGUGCAGGGAGGCCCGCGGGGCUACGUCUACGGAUGCGGCACAAAACAUUGUGGUCGAGUGGUCCUCUGAAGAGUUUAUCGUUAGUCCAUCAAGCUCCCAGUCGAGCAGCGAUUCGAGUGGCUCUCAACUAAUGCUAUAUCGCCCACCAAACUCCUUCCCGCCGCUGUCAUCUUACGCGUUCAUCGCUCGCGUCUCAUACAGCAACCAGCCAGACUAUGCGGUGCAGAUGCGCUUCGACGUCCAGAUCGACAAAUACCGAGCCCCGGGGCUGACCAUUUCUGUGCCGCCGAUAAGCUCAAGCGCGUGCUCUUUCCAACUCAAUGCUGUGGGGCUCGUCACCUGGCUCCCGACGUCGGCUGAUGCGGUCAUUGUCUUCGACUGGAGCUGCUUCCGGCUGAAAGAAGGGACGAAUGUGGACGAGGAGGGGCUCGCGUCUCUGCUUGUGAGCGAUCCUGAAGAGGCCACAAGGGCCCUGGAAAGCUGUAGCGAUGAGGUGAUGGGUCAGUCCGCCAGCUCGAUCGCCAACGAGAACAUCGACGUGCGGACAAUUGAGGGAGACACGCUGUCUCCGGGCGUUUACUUUUUUCGCGUGACCGCCUCACUCGAGGAUGGCUCGACAAAGAUCUCUGAACAAGCUACGGCUGCUAAGAAGGUCGCAGUGCUUCCAGUCGAUCAAGUGGAAUAUCCAGUUUUCAGUUUCUCUCACAUACCGGCCAGGCAAGUGUGAUUAUCGAGAUCAUCUUCGACUUGAGCAAAACCUUGAGCAAUUCCUUGUCCUUGUGUGCUAUCAAUGUAGGAUUUCUCUCACGAGGACCGUCGAGGCCGCGAUUUUCGACUCGGCUGCAUUCUCGGAACAGCACGCGCAGAGCGAGCCCUCAGCGUGUUCAGAGAGCUUCGCUGGCACACUGACAGUCGAAUGGUCAAUCGUUUCGGCCGACUCGCACGAUCAGAGCGCCCCGGGGGGAGACAUUAAGAACCUGACAGCCUUUGAGGUUCAGAGGAUUAUGAGACAUCAACGAACUCGGGGUGCCGCAGGCAACAAGGCCUUCGCUGGCUUCUCUGUGAGCCCAGUAGAUCUCGAGGUGGGGCACCUUUACCAAGUCAAGGGCGUUGUGACGAUUGAUCGUGACAAUGGCACGUCGACCCGCAGUAUCUACUCGGAUGGCUUCAUCAUUGACCGGCCGCCUUUUGGUGGCGAAGUGACGGCGUCGUCUGCCAAGGUUCUGUCCUCGGAAAGCAUCGUCUUCGAGCAAGAUGGAUGGAUGGACGACAGCGACACGAAGGCACUGGUAAGUGAGACAAGGAUGGCAUGGCUCCCAAUUUGUCCGUCUCGGUCUUACGUUUCUGACACAGCGCUUCGCCUUCUAUCGGUCGUCUCACAGCGGCGCGGCAGUCGCUAGACCGCUUUGCCCAUUCAGGACUUCUCUCGAAGGCGGGCUCAGGUGUGAGGUUGUGCUGCCCGUGGGAGAUUGGCGAGUGUAUGGUGUUGUGCGAGACACCUACGGCUUCCAGUGCCUCACGCAUGAGCCGGAUGUAGGCACCGCUACGAGCGGACUCGUCUGCCCUUCAGUGACCGUUGGAGUGACCCCCACAGGGUCGGCAGUCAGUGACGGUCUACAAGCCAUCGCACAGGUGACAAUACAGUGCACAUGCAUACCAUUCAGGCAACUGUCGUCUCUUCGUGGUGCUAUUCGCUGUCCAGAUUGCUUCGCGAAGCGCGGACGUGACUCAAAUAAUGGGUACAGCGACUGUCGCCGCAUAUUCCGUCGCCCACACGGCCUACGGAACAAGCCAGGACGAGGUCACCAGCGCCUUGGAUGCCAUCGUGAACAUAUUUGUACGCGACUUAAGGCCAAGACUUGUCUUCCGCAAAUGAGAUGCUUCCUGUGUUUCUCAGAGCUUGCCAGUACUCACAAACACACAGUCUGCCGAGGAUCUGAAUGCCAUCGCGCUGAGUAUGCGAGAGCUGUUUGCAGACCUUCCCCUAGCACAUACUCUUUCCUCAGACCAAAUGAAUAGUGCGUAAGUGUGGAACAACACAACAACGACCGAUUGUCCGGCAAUCGGGUUGACAUCCUUCAGGGCACAAGCCUUGUUGAGUCAGGCGCAGGCGCACGUGAAGAGCCUGGUCGACAGCGAGACGGACGGAGACCUCAUGCAAAAUGCGAGGCGCGACAUGUUCGAGACAAUGUCAUCCCUCCUCAGGACGGACCAAGCAGCGAGUGAAAAUGUCUCUGGCGCGAUGCAGGGAGCUGUCAGGAACGUGGCCAAUAGCAUCAUCAAGAGGGCCCUGGAGGAGGAUGAAGAUGUCGUCAGCACCAGCAAUCUGACCCUGAAAGUUAAGAAGGUGGCCGGCUUUCAGGGACGCGGCAUUCACUUUGCAGACGUAAGUGACACAGACGGACAGCAAAAUAUAGGUGACCUUAAAUUGUCUUUUUCACUCGUCCGUCUUGCAGGGGAACCUUAACACCUCUCUUGGAACGGCUAUGUCGAUUAACGGCAGUCGGGUCCGUCGACUGCAAUCGGGCUCCGCGCUGUGUGAGUGUCCCGUAUCUAUCUACUCCCUCACCUGGCCUGUCAACCCCUUCCUGUACGCCACUGCUGGCGAGGGUAACAGCAGCUUCGAUGACGAAUCUCUGCAUGUUACAACAAUCGAGCUCAUCUGCUGCGACGAGGCUCUGGAGGUGACCAAGACUGGCGACAGCGACGAACCUCUCAUUCAGUUCUUCGUGAGGGUGCCACCACUUCUCGUCAGUGAGACUGACCAGCGAGAGUUGACCCCAGUGCAGGCCGAGGAGUCAACACAUGAUUCAGUGAUGUCAGGCCCCGACUCGAAAUGGCAGCUCCGCCAGCUUACAAUCGUCGAGAAUCUUGGUUUUGCCGACUCGAAGAAAGUCUUCAAGGUGCACGCGGCGGUCGGGGUGUCGGGAUGCACACGUGACGGUAUUACUCCCUCUAUCCCUUUCUGUUUCGAAUUCAGCUUCACCUGCCCGGCGCCCCUGACCUGAACCUUGAUGUGCAGGAGCCCGUCUCGUCUUUUGCUGCCCCAGUGCCGGAGGGCUCCGUGCCGUGUGUGGAUGACCCGACGAAGCUGUGCUUCAACAUCACAGAAUCUUAUAUCGCACUGGUGCAUGAGUGGCUGUGCGAGUACUUUGACACACGCAACAGAAAGUGGUCACCUGAGGGAUGCAGAAAACUCGACAGUGAGGGGACACAAAAGGGCAACAUCGGCUCUCUCUUGUCUUGACCCCUCAUCUGCAAUGGUCGCUUGCUUUGCAGGCAACGAGACACAUGUUCUAUGCGGGUGCGAUCACCUAUCUUCGUUCACGGCGGCGGCCACAACAGCAAGCAAGCGAUUCGACGACACCAACAUCUACACCGUGCGUCAAACCGUGAGCUUGCUGCAAGACGUCGUCGACAAGCCGGUGAGGGUGGUCGAGUACUUCAUCUUCUUCUUGGUCCUCCUCCUCCCCUUCUUGCACUUCGCUAACAGAGACAGGUAGGCCGUGAUGCUGGUUAGGGAGGCAGACAGGACUAGUUUUCGCGUUUCAGGACCGAUUGGCGGCCUCCGCACAAGCGCCGAAGACUCUUCUUCCAGGACAGAUGUACACCAGCAUCCACCACAAUGCACGCUGCAUCCGCCUGGCCUCUUCACUCCGGAUGCUUUCGUCUGUCUAUAUCUGGCAGAUCCGAGAAAGGACAUGGGCUUCAUGUGUAUGGUGUGUCCACCCUUCCGGCUGUAAGGACGAAGAGAGAAGGACGGACGCUGCUAUCAUCGUGUGAUGGUCCGUUUGCUCUGUCAGGUUCGGUGGUCUUGUCCUCGUCGCGCCUCUAAUUAUCAAUGUCUCGGGGAUUCUGAGGAGAGUACGUUUCUUCUGCUGCUUCGGUUGGCUGGUCUUCCUCGUCAAACGCUCCAAGAGGAAACGAGACCGGUAUAAGGUGCGUGAAGCUGAAACUGAGGGCGAGGAGAAGGACAAAGACGUAAGAUACACGACUUACUCAUCGAACAAGCGCAGCCCACGAUGGCUGUGCUUCGUCAGGAGGGCGCAGGGACGGAAUUGCGGAGCACGAUCACGUCCCGGCGGAUCUCCGGCAAAAAGGGCUUUUCUGCCGUGCUGCAGCAACGUGACGCCGCUGAUGACAACGGAGACUUUGUCCCAUUCUAUCGUCAGAUGCGAAAACGUGAAUGUCUUAGAAGUGAGCAAUUUCGUCUGCUGUCUUUUCAGGGCUUCAGCAGAAAGAAUAUCGAGAUGUACAGGCGAGGCUUGGAGCGUCCUUGCUCACCUUGCGGCACGUACGUAGUACCUCUGAUCCGGAAAAUGAGGCGGACACACAAGUGCUUACCGUUGUUAUCCCUGUCCUGCAGGUGGCCCGAAGUGGCGGCAGGGAGACUCGGAAGAUUCAGCAGGAGGCACAGCAUGGAGCUGCGAUGGCACACGACAUGAACAUGUUGGACAGCAUGAGCAUCUCUGGGCAAGCAGCAGGUGAUUACUCAUGACUGCCGCAAGCAGAGACAAGCACGCUGUUGACCUGCAUAUUGUAUGUAUGUGUCGCAGAGGGGCGUCGUUCCUCGUGGGUGUCAAGCGUCUCCCGCCAGAGCCUGAAAAGCACCACCAGGGAGACCGAAGAAGUCUGGUCCAUCCCCCUUGUCGCGCGGCCAUUCUUUCACCUGUUCGGGUUAUCGGUUGACAAAGAGGUAAAGCUUCGGCCGCAGGCCAUGCAGGUCGCACAUGCGGUGCAGGCGUUUGAGCAGCAAAAGAACGAAAACAUCGCCUCGACUUUGUUGGAGACAGACGGUCAGGGACACGAAGCGGGCAUCAUAUCGACUUGUCGACUGUUCUUGCUUUUCAGUUCACCGCAGCCGGACACGAAAGCUGAAGCGGAUCUAUAAGAGACAGCAGAAGUAUAUGAUGCAGCGCAAGUAUAUGGUAUAUACAGAAGAAGCAAGAGGAGAAAGAAGCUUUGGAUCUUCUGUAAAUUCUUCCCCUCUCUUGCAGUUCGUCGCACUUCUCGACGCGCAGGAAAAGAACCAGGCCUUCAAGAAAAUGAGGUGGGUGCCAAUUCAGAAGAAGCCCCGAAUUCCGAUAGUCAUCUCCUCUUGUGGAUCGACUGGAUCGACUUGUGACAGGGCGGCCCAAGUUGCGCUGGCUGCGCGCUACAUUGAGCUGCGUGGUGCUGUGCCAUCGCCCAACCAGCCCGCGAACUAUUCGCCUCCACUUGGCUCCAUGCCCGUGUACCUCAAGAGGGUCAAGCGAGAGGCCCUGUUUCUACCGCGGUAGGUCUCUGAUUGAAGUAAGGACAUGGUCACCAUCUAUAUCAUAGCGUUGAACUGUCGGUGACGCAGAUAUGAUUUGCAAUUUGAGGCCACCAUCCAGACCGGCACCAUCUCAGCCGACUCAAGCAAUUUGUUCGAAGAUACGAGACAUGUUUUCUGGUUGACGGACAAGGGCCGCGCGCUCUGCAUUCAUCCCCAGAGUCAAUUGUGAGUGACGGCGAUGACUUACAUUGAGCUGCACCUGUAUGUGUGUGCUUCAGUGCGGAAAGCCUGCUGCUCCCACUUAUCGAAUACGAAGGACCGAGGUACAUGCUGCCACUGGAGAGCGUCAGAGUGCGACCCGUUGACGAGGCCACCAACCAGAAGCUGGUGCAGCUAUUGAUUGGCCUGAGUGACAAUCGCACAAAGGAACCAAGAAGACUGGACAGGGCGCAAAGCAUAUUGUACCGCAGCAGGUCGACGUUCGUUGCCGAGCUGGGCGAGUAAGAUGAGCAGCUGAGGGAAAGUGCAAUUGGCAGCAGUGUUCUUUUCCCCUCUCUAGGUACUGGGAUCCGAGCGACCCCAUGCAAGGAGUGGACGAUGCUCCUUCGCCCUUGAACCGAGACGACAGCAUUCACCGGGACAAUAGAGGGGCAAUGGUUGUCGUCGAGAUUGAGCUGGCCGAACUCAUGGACGCCAAGACCGUCAAGUCUCUGCUUGCCAGUACACCGACCUGGGCGCGGCGUGACAUUCAGUGGAGCACUAGUGGGGAUGAGAAAAGUGACGCUGCGGCUGCAAGGCGUGCUGCACUGGGGAAGUGGGCUUCGGCGACAUACGACCUGCGCCAUCAAGCUGAGACGAGCCCACUGUCGAUCCCAUCCACAGCCCUGGACGCUUACAUGCCACACCUGGGCAUGUGCUCAUUGUGGAUGAGCCAUCAGGGUCUCGCCCUAAAUAUCCUACCCCGAGAGGUUUCCAGCUUCAGGUCGAUUGAGACCAAAAUGCUGCCAUCAUCGGACAGUAUCGUCUCCAAGCAACUGCGGCCCAUCCAGAACCUGUUCGGCCGGCUCAAGCUUGGCAGCGAGCAGACCAGAAAUGAGCAGGAGGCCGUCUACAAGGUGUACGUGGUCUUCCUCUCGGAUAUCACUGAGAUCAGGACCGUCGAUGGCACUGAACCAGACGGCGACGAGGAUGGCGGCCUGGACGUGUCGAACCUGCCAUCAGUCAAGCUCGUGCUUUCAAAUGGAUCUUACGUACGCUUCCACUUCGCCCAUGACAUGAUCGGCAAAGCCUUCAGCAACAACAUCCAGGCGGUCUCGCGCGCGUCUCUGUCCGUGAAGCGGCGCAAAAAGAGGAGAGCAUUGCUGGGCGAAGGCGGUGCCCUCGACAAAAAGGUCAACGUCAACGUGGAGGCGCUUUUCACAGACGACAUUCCCGAUCGGCAUGCGGCGCCGCUGAAACGUUCUUCGUCCUUCUCAGGACGACGCGCCGAUGAGACAUCGCCGGUCAUCAUGAUAGACGUCUUCGACGACAACCAACCCAAACAUCGGAUCGCGCUGCGACCGUCUACGUGCUUCUCUGACAGCCUCGCAAGCAGACAGCCAGAAGUUGCAAAUGAAGAGGAAGAUGCGGCUGCAGGAGGCCUGGGAGUAGCGGGCUUCGAUGACUUUUUCAGUGCCGACAAGACCCCAGCACCGAGACGGGCUGGCAGCGCCAACGCGACUGAGUCCCUUGCUGUGUCAUCCCCCUCGAGCCCGCUCCGGAGGCGCAAGGACGGCUCGUCAUUCGACAGAUCGGCUGGCGAGCACCACGACUCUGCUAUUGCGACAUCCUUCCAGACAGCCCAGCAAGCGAUCCAGGUCGCUGAGCACGAGGCGCUGCAGCACCAGAGCACUCUGGAGAACAUUGCUGAGGCGGAGACACAGUUCGAAGAGGCCCCCGUGUCCAUUCUAUGUGACGACGUCUUCCAUGAGUCGACAUUGUCGGCCGUCGUGGCGGACAUUCCUGAAGAGGUCCGGGAGAAAGUCGACACGAAGGAGCCAGAGAAGCCCUCUUCGCGCGGGUGCUGUGCUAAGCUGCAAGAUGGGCUGAUGCGGUUUGAGGAUUACCAGAAUCAGACGAUCGUCUACACAUGGGAGGCCACCAACCUCCGCGCACUCGUCAGCAAACAGAACAAGCGCACUCAGGUAUGCAGCUCUGCAUCUGAGCACGACCCCUCUCGAUCCUCGGUGUUUGUCGACACAAUCACAGAAUUUGGUACUCGCGAAGAGGCUGCAGUAUCACGAGUGGCCCAGCAGUCGCCUUAUAUGGACGGUCGCCAUCAGGGAGCAUCCAUGUAAGCACAAGGCGGAUUACACGAUGCACAACAUUUUCAUUCCGCUUGGCUCUACAAUCGUGUAAUCCAAAAUUGAGCAGUUCCAAAAGUAUUCCCAUACAAUCCAUUGAUCUCGAGGUCAGCUAUGGGCUGUGAGUGGCUCGUGUCACGCUUUUCCUGUGCGCUGCAGGUGCCAGCGAUACCUGAUCGAGUUCAGCUCGAUUGUUACCGAACUCUUCUUCACUUCGCUCUUCUUCAACGCAGAGUGCGUAUCGAGGCCUUCACGUGAGCUAUUGAGCACUCACAGAGAACAUUCAUUUAAUAUGCGUCCAUUGCUGACGUGUCUCGAUCAGCUGAGGUGUGUUUCCCCUUGAUCAAUCCCUUCGUGCCGUCGUGGCACGUGCUCUUCAGCUCGUUGUGGGGCGUCGUGCUGGCCGUACCUAUCCCCCUCUUCCUAAGGGUAGACUCGAGCACUACACAGAUGUGUGGCAGAUUGCGCCUUCUCUCCGUGUAUGAAAUUAUCAGUUUUGUUUCGCCAAGAGGAUUGUCGAGGAGCUGUCGACGCCAGCAGAGAAGACCUUCAUUGUAAAUACCAACACGGACACAGCUGCAACACACCUGAUUGUCUCAUGUCUCGCCUGUUCACCCCCCCUCUUUUUCUGAAGCUGCACUACUGGCGCAUCAAGGACCUUCUGGGGUACACGGUCGUUUCCCUGUGGGAUGCCUUCUGCAUAUACUUCAUCCUGCUCUUCAUACUGGUAGGGGCAAUCUUGAUUGAUCGAGACAGGCUACCAACAUGCGUCCUGUCCUUUUGUAGAAGUACGACGAUACCCUGGUUUUCAAGUGGACCCAGACGGCGAUUCUCGCUCUCUUCAACAGGUGAACCAGCCGAGUCGGUAGCCCAUCUUUACUCUUGAGCGUCAUAUCUGCGUGUGUCGUAUUACUCCGGCAGGAUAGUGACGGCUCCCACGGCGCGCACCCUGUGGGUGUCCGCAGUGCUUUUGAUCAGCAAGAAAACCUGGAUAUGCGACUUCCUGCUCAUGGCAUGGCCGGCACUCAUCGCCUUCACACACCCAGACAUCACAAAACUCAAAAAACGAGCACCCGACAACAAAACGGUAAGACAAGGAGAGGACAUGCAGGGACACUCUUGCUGAUAAGGACACUCUUGCACGUCUCAUUCAGCAGGACAUGGCUGAGAGCGAGGCGUGGCCAUUGGAAGCGCACAAGGAGGAGCGGACUCGCCUGAGGCUCCCUGCCGCGGCCGGCGCAGCCGACCCAUUUGUGAGUCGGGUUGUCCGCAGCAAGGAGGCCGGUGUGCCACACGAUGAGGACAGCGAGCUGAGCGACGAGAGUCCCAUGAUCAUACCAACAGUGGAUAGGAACGCCAGUAGGACAAUAGGAAAGCAGCAGAAGCCGUCGGCUAAGAAGGCCGUAGAGUAUGAUGAGUACUACAUCAAGCAACGAUCGGGCAUGCCCUACUUCUGA